UAGUUUGGCAGGCUAACGCCUGAUAGUACUUCUCCAGUAACAGUGCCAUCUUCGCAUAUAAAUUACAGCCUCCAUACUUUCUAUAUUCCUUAUCUGACUGCAAACAUGUGCGGCCAACUACUGACCACUUCCACAUCAGCAUGUCCUAGAGAACCAUCGGGUUUCUCCCACUCGACUGAUGAUGCUGAGCACCCUCUUAAUAAAUCAAAUGAAACAAAGCAAAUUCUAAACUACGCGAACUUCGAAAUUGCCACUGCUCUCAUGUCUCCAACACGCUUCCGUCGAAUUAUAACUGCGCCAGUGCAUGGAAGAACUUCUGAUACAAGCUAUAGCCGCUACGGCCGUUCUGCUGAACCCCACAGCCCAAAGGCGUUGCAGACCACUCGAGAGCCAGCUCUUGCGGAUCCUUGCACCCCGCGAUCCUUGCACCUCGUCACCCGACAGGCUAUCUCGAUGCCCCCGGCUGAUCCCACCUUCCAUCUUAUGUUGGAUAUACCGGCCGGUGUGUCGACAUUAAUGCCACGAGAUCGUUGCAGGUGGUCACAGGCAACUGAUCCCUGCAAUGGUGUCGUGUCUGCUGACACCCUCGUCGUUCAUAUGCGCAAGCAUGUUGGAGGAUCCUCGUAUCGUCGUGUUUACUGCUCCUGGAAUGGAUGUGGCAAGCUCAUGAGGAGAGAUUGUCUUGUUCGUCACAUACGCGAAAUCCAUCUGCAUAGCAAACGCCGCCCUCACGACUAAAUCUUCUCUAUUGCUCAACUUACCCAUUUGUGUAUCAAUAUCUUUGCUGACAUAUCGUGUUCACUGCCGUUUUAGUGUGAUAAGGACUUGUACUUACUCAAGCUCAACGUUCAGCUGGUAUCAUAGACGCGCGCUUGGCCU